AUGCAUCUUGAAAACCAGCCAGUUGAGCGGCAGCCAUCCAAUCUUCGUGUUCGUUCCGAGGGGACAGGGGGUGUAAUUCGGCAAAAGUCGAAACAAGAGAAACUGGUGCUCCUUAAGCAGGAUAUUGCCAUCGCCUUCAUUCUCUCGGGUUGCUUCUUCUUUUCCUAUCUGGAUCGCAGCUCUCUGGGAAAUGCACGGAUCAUGGGUCUUCAGGCGGACCUGGGCCUCACGGACGCUCAAUUUAUGAACUGUUUGAUGAUGUUUUUUGUUGGGUACAUGGUGUUUGAACUGCCUGCUGCGCUAAGCCUGCGCAUUUUUCAACCACCCCAUGUAUAUGGGAUUGCCAUUGCUCUUUUUGGAGUCUUUGCGUGCUGUCUUUCCGUUUCGCGAACGUAUGCUGCUGUUAUGGUGCUGCGUUUGCUAAUUGGUAUUGGAGAGGCUGUUGUCCAAACAGGGUUUGUCUAUCUAUCCCUCUGGUACCUCAAAGACGAAUUGGCUACUAGAUACGCGGUGUUUUACUUCUCAGCACCUCUUGCAGGUGGCAUCAAUGGUAUUCUAGCCUACGGUAUCGAUAAAAAUCUAAAUAACGUUAGUGGUAAGGCUGCUUGGGAAUGGUUAUUUCUCAUAGAGGGAGUCUGUUCUGUAUUUUGGGGUGUCAUUGUCUUCUUCAUUCUUCCUCGUCUUCCGGAAAGAGUCGCUGAGAAGGGAAGUUUGUUAUUUCGUCGCGAAGAGGAGCAGGCCAUCAUUCUCCAAAGGACAAUCGAAGCACGCAAUGACCCGGACGCCAAAUUCCAAGCAUUUCAAAUCUGGUGGGCUCUCAAAGAUCCAAAGACCUGGUUGGACGCCGUGGUGGUCGCGGCUCCUUGUCUAGAUGUAGCUGCAUUUGGAAAUUUCCUGCCUACUUUCGUUAAUCAAUUUGGCUUCUCCAAAUUAAAUGCACAACUAUUCACACUGAUUCCGUAUUCAGUGGCAAUGUUGACUCUACCCCUCUUCUCGCUGGCAUCAGACCGAGCGCGAAAGAAGGCAAUCCCGACUCUUCUCUGCCUCACCGUCUCGGUUAUCGGAUUUGUCAUUUUGCUAUGCGAUGUGCAGCGCAGCGUUCUCAUAGUCGGAUGUUGUCUUGUUGCUGCCGGCAGCUAUCCUGCUAUUGUCCUCGCUGCCAGCUGGCUGCUGGUCAACCACGCUGGCUAUACCAAGAGAUCCACCGCGUGGGCAGUAGCGCAAAUCUUUAUUCAGUGCUACAGCAUCAUCAGCACCCAAGUCUAUAUCCAUCCGCCGCGGUUUAUCAUGGGCCACGCCGUUCUUUUGGCCCUCAAUGCCCUCGGAGUGGUGGCAGGACUGCUCAAAUACUACAUAAUGAAGCGGGAGAAUGCGAGACGUGACCGUCUGGCACAGCAGGUUAUAGGAGAGGCGCUGGAGAGCAAAGAAGAGGAAAAGAGUAUAGAGCAAUUAUGCGACUAUCACCCUGAUUUCCGAUACUCCUUUUAA